AAUCGCUUUCCGAAUGGAAAAUAACAGUGCAAAGUCAGUAAAUGAAAUCAUCUUCCCGGAAAACGGGAAAGAGGAGGUACUACCUGGUUCCGAAAGCUUACCCAGUCCCAUCAGUCGAAGACCAAACAGUGGACAAGGAAGCCCGUCCUCUCCGAGCCCACAACAGCCAAGAGAAAAGAUUAAGGCGACAUUCGUUUUCCCAUUGGAUGAAAAAUAUCAAUGUCCCGUUUGCAAAGAUGUGCUUCUAAACCCUGUGCAAUUUGAAGAAUGCGGACAUAGAGUAUGCAGAAAUUGUUUCCCGUCGAUAAUAAGAGUCGAACCAAGAUGUCCAAUCGGUAUGCAUCCGAUUGAUAAAGACGCGGCGUAUGUGGACAAAGCGUUCCAUAAGGAAAUUUUAGCGCUUGAUGUCAGAUGCAACAAUCACGAAUGGGGCUGCAAAUGGGAAGGCGAGUUUGAAACCGCUCAGAAACAUGCUACUGAGUGCGAUUUUGUGGAAAUCUUGUGUUCGUACGAGUGCGGAGCAAAAUUUCAAAAACGAUUUUUCGAGAGGCAUGUAGAUAGAGACUGUCCGAAGAAGAUAAUUAUCUGCCCUUACUGUGAUGACAGACACCUGAGGGAGGAGAGAAAGAAUCAUAUGAAGGAUUGUCCAAAGCUUCCAAUGCCGUGUCCUAACAAAUGUGAAAAGAAACUUGUUAUCAAAAGAGAUCAGCUAGAUCAUCACGUCGGUGAGGAGUGUCCUAAGACAAAAAUGAUCUGUGAAUACGAAGAUAUUGGCUGCACUCACAGCUGCAGCCGAGAAAAGUUACCCAAACACCACAAAAGUGAGCUGAUCAAUCACGUAAGACUGCUCUAUGGCGUCGUCAUGGACCAGAAAAGAGAAUUACUGGAAUCCAAAGUCUUGCUUAAAGAACAAAUGGACACAAUCAGCCAACAGGGAAAGCGUAUCGAGGAUCUGGAACGAAUUACUAACAGCCAGUUGAUCUGGAGAAUCGACGACUAUCACCGGAAGUUAAAAUCAGCAAAGAGUGGAGAGUUGGACACGAUAUUUAGCCCGGAGUUUUACACGAGUAGGAAUGGAUACCGACUGAUGGCUUCCGCUUGUUUGAACGGAGAUGGAAGAGGGAAGGGAACGCAUUUAUCUGUGUUUAUCAGCGUUGUUCAAGGAAUAUACGAUUCGCUGUUAAAGUGGCCGUACAACUACCGCACCACGUUCUAUCUGUUGGAUCAGAACGAAGACCUUUCCAAACGGAAACACAUCAUGUUUUCAGUCAAACCAAACGUCUGUCCUGAAAAUGAGCCGUUCCUUGGCAGGCCCAGGACUAACAAAAACCCUGGUUUUGGCUCUGGAAAAUUUGCUGCGCAUGAAGACAUCGAGAAAGGAGGGUACGUCAAAGAUAACAAAAUGUUUAUCAAGGUCGUCGUGGAGUGCGACGGAAUGAGUGAACCUUGAAAUGAUAUGACCAGGAACGGCUAGUUUGUCGGGACAAAUACCCAUGGAUCUCCAAGGACCAGACGUGAAAGUGCUAAAGAAAUUCAAGACGGCGUCCAGUCCGUGCAUACUUUUUCGCGCCUCAGUCUACUUCUAACAGUGUAAAUAUCCACUGUAUGAGCAUAGACAGAACAUGGACUCUGUCUAUGGACUAUGUCUGUUAGAAUAACCGCUUUUAUAUAAUCACUUAUGGAGGGGGGCAUUGGGGCCUCUAGGAAACCGCAGAACCGGAGAA